AUGUCAACACUCAAAGACAAAUUGGUGAUACAAACCGACAAAGAACCAACAACGUCACCAAACAAAGUUAGCAUAGUUGGAGUUGGGGACGUCGGUAUGGCAUGUGCUUUUACUCUUGUUCAAAAGGGGUUGGUAUCAGACCUUGUCUUGGUUGACAUACUUCAGGACAAAUUGAAAGGCGAGAUGAUGGAUUUACAACAUAGCAUGGCUUUUGUAAAGCCAGUAAACAUUGUAGCUGAUAUAGAUUACAAAGUAACUGCUGGUUCUAAAGUUUGUAUUGUCACUGCCGGCGUUAGGCAACGUGUCGGAGAAGGCAGACUCAGUCUUGUUAACAAAAAUGUUCAAAUAUUCAAAUCUAUUAUUCCACAAUUGGUUAAGUAUAGUCCAGAAACUAUCAUUUUGGUGGUUUCCAACCCAGUUGACGUAAUGACUUAUGUGACGUGGAAGAUCAGUGGACUACCUCAUAAUCGCGUCAUUGGAAGCGGUACAAACCUAGAUUCCGCACGGUUCCGAUUCAUUCUGGGACAGGAAUUAGGAAUAGCGCCAUCUAGUUGUCACGCGUGGAUAAUUGGAGAACAUGGAGAUUCAAGUGUGCCAGUAUGGUCGGGCGUAAAUGUAGCUGGUACAUUACUGAAAUCCUUAAAUGCUGAUACGGGAAUCGAUGCGAGUGCUAAGAAACUGGAAGGUCUGCAUAAGAAAGUUGUUGAUAGCGCAUAUCAGAUUAUUCAUCUGAAAGGGUACACAUCAUGGGCCAUUGGUCUGAGCGUGGCAACUUUAAUUCAAUCUAUUUUGAGAAAUGAAAACAAAGUUUUUGCCGUGUCUACAUUGAUUAAGGGAUUUCGUGAAAUAAAGGACCAAGCAUUCAUCAGUUUGCCAUGUAUACUUGGUUCAUCUGGUGUAGUUGGAGUGUUGAACCAGCAUUUGUCUCAAGAAGAAGCCGAAAAGCUGAAAAAUAGUGUAUCGAUUGUCGUUGCAUUGCAAAAUGGAAUUGACAUUAAAACCCCAGAAAAGCAAAAGAGUGUUUGCAACAGCAUGUAAUCAUUGUUCUAUAUCGGGCAUGAUAAGUUUUGUUUGUCUCAUACAAAUUCACGAUUUCUUUUAUCGAUUCAUAAGAUUUAUAUCAAUUUC